AUGAAUCAGCCGCCUGGCUACAGAGUCUACCGCUGGCUCAGCACGGGCGAGCGGGAGCAUGGCUGGCGGCAGGUGCCAGAGCAGCCCCCCAACCAGGGUCUCUGCCGCGCAGGGAAUUACCGCACCCAGCUGUGGGACAAGCAGUCGGAGUCGUUCCUGCCCUCCACCCCGGGGCUGGGCAUGCACGUGGAAGUGAAGGACCCGGACGGGAAGGUAAUGCUGCUGGCGGGGGCUGGGCUGGGGCUGGCAGCCUCCUGUCCGGGACUGGCCUUCCUGCGUGGGGACAGAGCCCACUUGUCCUGGUGCCUCCCACCCCACCUGUUCCCUGGGCAGCGCGUGCACCUGGACAUCCAGGUCGGGGAGCACACCAACAACUACCCCGAGAUUGCAGCCAAGGACAAGCUGACAGAGCUGCAGCUCCGAGCCCGGCAGCUGCUGGACCAGGUGGAGCAGAUCCAGAAGGAGCAGAACUACCAAAGGUACCGAGAGGAGCGGUUCCGCAUGACCAGCGAGAGCACCAACCAGCGGGUGCUGUGGUGGUCCAUCGCCCAGACCCUCAUCCUCAUCCUCACCGGCAUCUGGCAGAUGAGACACCUCAAGAGCUUCUUCGAGGCCAAGAAACUGGUGUAACCCCGAGCUCCCAGUCACUGCAGCUCCUGCCCCG